UCUAAACUAAUCACAGGGCACCACCACACAACACCACGCUCACCGAUCACAUCGAUCGCCUCCCGUUCUCGUCCCCUUCCCCCGUCCCCUCCGUCUCGCCGGGAAUGCAGAGCGAUGAGGCGGCGACCAGGCACUGACGUCGCCGUCCAGCGCAAGCUGCGCGUCGGCCGCACCUGCCACCGGAAGCACGUCGAGGACGGGUAGAGUGGCCGGAUCUCUGCUCCUACAGUUCGAUUGCCAGGUAGAUUGUCUUCAACACCGAUUUCUUGGGAGAGGGAAGGGGGGCGAAUCGAGAGAUCGGGAAUGGCGGGUUCGGCGGAGGGGAAGAAGGGCGGGGUGCUGCAGGGGCGCUACGAGAUGGGCCGCGUGCUCGGCCACGGCAACUUCGGGCGGGUGCACAUCGCGCGGGACCUGAGGACCGGGCGGGCCGUGGCGGUCAAGGUGGUUGCCAAGGACAAGGUGGUGCGCGCCGGCAUGGUGGAGCAGAUCAAGCGGGAGAUCGCCGUCAUGAAGCGGGUCUCCCACCCCAACAUCGUCGAGCUCCACGAGGUCAUGGCCACGCGCUCCAAGAUCUACCUCGCCCUCGAGCUCGUCCGCGGCGGGGAGCUCUUCUCGCGGAUCGAGCGCUCCGGCCGCGUCACGGAGGACGUCGCGCGCCGCUACUUCCGCCAGCUCAUCUCCGCCGUCGACUUCUGCCAUGCCCGCGGCGUCUACCACCGCGACCUCAAGCCGGAGAACCUGCUCCUCGACGAGGCGGGGAACCUCAAGGUCGUCGAUUUCGGCCUCAGCGCGCUCGCCGACCAGGCCCGCGCCGACGGGCUUCUCCACACCCUCUGCGGCACGCCGGGCUAUGCUGCGCCGGAGGUGCUCCGUGACAAGGGCUACGACGGCGCAAAGGCCGACCUCUGGUCCUGCGGCGUCAUCCUCUACGUGCUCCUCGCCGGAUCCCUCCCGUUCCCGGACGACAACGUUGUUACCAUGUACAAGAAGGCGCAGCGCGGUGACUACCGAUGCCCGCCGUGGUUCUCGACGGAUGCGCGCAGGCUCAUUCCCAAACUGCUCGACCCCGACCCCGACACCCGCAUCACCGUCGCGCAGCUCGUGGAGACGCCGUGGUUCAAGAAGGCGUCCAUCGCCAAGCCCCUAAGUCUUGAGCCGCCAGCAUGCGUGAAGGAUGCCGCCGACAAGGACGAACCCGAGGCGCUGAACGCGUUCCAUCUGAUAUCCCUCUCCGAGGGAUUCGACCUCUCGCCACUGUUCGAGGGCCACCCGGCAAGCCGGCGGCGGGAGGGCGGCAUGCGGUUCGCGACGCGGGAGCCAGCACGGGGCGUGGUCUCCCGUCUCGAGGAGGUCGCUGCGCGUGGAGGCGGGCGGAUGCGGGUGACCAAGAGCAGCCCGGGGGGCGUGCGCCUGGAGGGCGCGGAACGCGGCGGGCGCAAGGGCCGGCUCGCCGUGGCCGCCGAGAUAUUCAGCGUGGCUCCUUCGGUGCUCGUGGUCGACGUCAAGAAGGACGGCGGCGACACCCUCGAGUACCUCUCGUUCUGCUGUGACGAGCUCCGGCCAGCCCUCCAGGACAUUGUCUGGGCUGCCGACCCUCCGGCGUCUGUCGCCAUCGCCGUCUGACGCUGCAGUACCAUGUUUCUUUUCUGUUGUUCUUGAUUCGGUAGUGACGGGAGUGAAGUAAGCAGCAUGUUUAUGUUAGUCUGGUCAGUGCGAAGAAGAAGAAUCAGCUCUGCCUUCCCUGAAGGAUUUCAUUUUGUUGCAUAAUUGUAUUGUUUUUGUUACAUCUGAAUAUCAUGUGUGUGUCAAAGCUUGCCUGCAUGAUUGCUGUUCCUUAUGCGAUUGUUUGACAGUGUGGAUUAACAUAAGAGG